AUGACUUUGGUAACGAGUCAUCCUUAUGCUAGCGAUGGCGCAGUAAAUGGUGAAAAAGAAAUAGAUGCGAGCGUAAGCUUUUUGUGCUGGCUGGUCUUCUUGCCUUGCACUUUCGGUGCUAUUCCGUUCAAGACAACGCUGCUCCUGGACGAUGAGGAGGUCACAAAGGCGGACGUUCCAUCGCCCGAGACGAAUCUUCGACUGACUAUCUCUUAUUCUUUACAAAGUGAUCUUUGUGGCAAUCAUGUAUCGCGACGCCCGUACGGAGAACUAGGGAGUGUGGAUCGAGGGACGUGCUUAUGUUGUAUUUCUGUCGAAUCGGCAUUUGGGCCUAUUUCACCAGGUUGUGGAUGUGAUGCCGGAAAGGUCGACGAGAUAGUGCAUGAGCUUAAAACACGCAUGCGCCUGCGAGGAGAUACGGCGCAAAUUUUGCGUGCGGAAGAGACCUUACAAAGGCUGCAUGAUCUUGAUGCUAAGCUCGUACGUGAACUUUGA